ACGCUUGUCAUCCAGGGAGGGAAGUAACCUUAUCGAAUGCGUAUUGUGGCAUUUUAGCGCCUUAUCUGCGACAAGGUCGCUGUCGCUCUCGACUCACCAUGGUGUUCGAGACUUUAGUCAGUGAUCUCUUGAACAGGUUCAUAGGAGAUUAUGUGGAAAACUUGGAUAAGUCGCAGCUCAAGAUUGGCAUAUGGGGAGGAAAUGUGGUGUUGGAAAAUCUGAGAGUGAAAGAAAAUGCUUUGAGCGAGUUUGAUGUCCCUUUCAAAGUGAAGGCUGGUCAGAUUGGUAAACUGACUCUGAAGAUCCCUUGGAAAAACCUGUACAAUGAGGCAGUGGUGGCUACAUUAGAUGGAUUAUACCUUCUGGUGGUUCCAGGUGCAACAAUUAAAUAUGAUCCCGUUAAAGAAGAGCGUUACCAGCAGGAGGCCAAACAGAAGGAGCUUCAGCGCAUUGAGGAAACCCUGCAGCUGGUUGCACGCAGAGGCUCUCAGGCUGGAGAGUUUGUGUUUAAUCUGGAGAGUUAUGUGUAUAAGAAUCCACCACAGGACAAAGGACGUAAGCUUAAAAAGCGUAAAAAACCCUUUAGGAGAUCUAAAAAGUAUGAACAUAAAGCAGAGAAGCCCCAGGAAGAAAAGAAGGACACAUUUGCUGAGAAACUGGCUACACAGGUUAUCAAAAACCUCCAGGUCAAAAUCACCAGCAUUCACAUCAGAUAUGAGGAUGAUGUAUCAGAUCCUCAAAGACCUCUUGCUAUGGGCAUGACUCUUUCAGAACUCAGUCUACAGACAGCAGAUGAGAACUGGAAGCCUUGCAUUCUGAAUGAAGCAGCCAAGAUCAUCUACAAGCUGGGCCGCCUGGAGUGUUUUUGUGCCUAUUGGAAUGUGAACGGCCCAAUCUUCUACAGAGGCUCAUGGGAAGAAAUAGUGGACAAGCUGAAAGUGGGAAUCAGCACAAAAAAUGAGGAACUGCAAGGCUAUCAGUACAUUUUCAAACCCAUAUUUGCUUCUGCAAGGAUGUGCAUCAACCCUAAUGCUGAAGUUGAGCUAAAAUCACCAAAAGCAAACCUGCAUCUUGAGGUUCAGAACAUCGCAAUUGAGAUGACCAAGCCACAGUACAUGUCUAUGGUGGAUCUGUUGGAGUCUAUAGACUGCAUGGUGAAGAAUAGCCCCUACAGAAAGUUUAGGCCUGAUGUUCCAGUCCACAGAAAUGCCAGGCAAUGGUGGAAAUACAGCAUCAGCAGUAUACUGGAAGUGCAUAUCAGGCACUUUAACCAGAUGUGGGACUGGAACAACAUCAAGAAGCACAGGCACACACUUAAGGCUUACAAAGCUGCAUACAAAAUCAAACUCACACAGGGUAAAGUCCGAGAAGACACGGAGAAACAGAUCCAGGAUGAGUGGGACUGGAACAACAUCAAGAAGCACAGGCACACACUUAAGGCUUACAAAGCUGCAUACAAAAUCAAACUCACACAGGGUAAAGUCCGAGAAGACACGGAGAAACAGAUCCAGGAGCUGGAGAAAGUUCUGGAUGUGUUCAACAUUGUAUUGGCCAGACAGCAGAUUCAGAUGGAGGUGGUUCGGUCAGGACAGAAGCUGGUUGCUAAAAAGGCUGCCACUCAGAAACAAAGUGGAGGAGGCUUCUUCAGCAGCUUUUUUGGCAAGAAAGAAGGGAAGAAGAAAGAGGAAGAGGAAGAUAAAGAGCCAAAGAAUAUUGAUUCCAUCAUGACUCCUGAAGAGAAAACGAAAUUCUACACAGCCAUUGGCUACAGCGGGAGCUCUCAUAACCUUGCCUUACCAAAACACUAUGUAGCUGUGAUUGUCAAUUUUAAACUGUUGAGCACCUCAGUAACAUUCAGAGAGGAGCCUGGCGUUCCAGAGAUCCUCAAAGUGCAAAUGAUUGACCUCAGUACGUCCAUCUCACAGAGACCAGGAGCACAGGCCAUCAGAGUUGAGGCUAAGCUGGAGCACUGGUACGUGACUGGUCUGCAGCAGCAGGGGGAGGUGCCGUCUCUCAUAGCGUCAGUUGGAGACUCUGACUCUUCUCUGCUCAGCGUGCUCUUUGAGCUCAAUCCAGAAGACAGCCCUGCUGACCAGCUUCUCAGAGUCCACUCACAGCCUGUUGAGAUCAUCUAUGAUGCUCUGACUGUCAUCAGCAUCACAGAAUUCUUUAAGAUGGGAAAAAGAGUUGAUCUGGAGGUCCUCACCUCAGCAACACUCAGCAAACUUGAGGAGAUCAAAGAGAAGACAGCCAGUGGCUUGUCUCACAUUAUUGAGACACGUAAGGUGCUGGACUUGAGGAUCGAUCUAAAACCCUCCUACCUGCUGCUUCCCAAGUCUGGAUUCUAUGAUAGCAAAUCAGACCUCAUGAUCGUUGAUUUUGGUUACCUGCAGUUGAACAGUGUAGACCAGGGCAGCCAUCAGCAGGUAUCUGCCAGUUUCUCAUCGCUAGAGGAAAUCAUGGAUAGAGCCUAUGAAAGAUAUUCCUUGGAGCUCCGCAGUGUCCAGAUACUCUACAGCAAAUCAGGAGAGAAAUGGAAAAAUGCUCGCGUUAAAGGCUUCACCUAUCAACACAUCCUGCAACCGAUGGACGUCACACUUCAACUUGCUAAAUGUAUGGUGGACAAAGAUUCCCGUAUGCCCAGGUUCAAAGUAUCAGGGGAGCUGCCCUUACUUCAUGUGAAGAUUUCUGAUCAGAAGAUCCAGGGUGUUCUGGAGCUGGUGGACAGUAUUCCUCUCCCUCAGACUACCUCAAGCCCCCCUAGCACCCCCACAGAAAAGGUUUUGGGGAUGCCGCUGUCUGAUGCCAGACCAAAGGUUUUGGGUUUAGACCCCAAAGUUCUGUCCUAUACAGUGGAAUCAGACUCUGAAGAAGACACCAGUGAGAAGUCUGCAGAUGAAGACUCUCUCAGAUCAACCUUAGAGGAACUGACUGAAGUGCAGUUUCAGUUUGAAGUCAAAGCAGUGUUGUUGGAGCUUACGAGGCAGGCCGCUCAGGAGGAUGUCGUAUUGGCUUUCAAUGUGUCUCAACUGGGUGCAGAGGGCAAGAUACGGACCUUUGAUCUCACUGUCACAUCUUACCUGCGCAAGAUCAGCCUGGACUACUGCGAGAUAAAAGAUGCGCAAAAUCAGCCACUUCAUCUAAUUACCUCUUCAGACAAGCAUGGCUCUGAUCUAUUGAAAGUGGAGUACAUCAAAGCUGAUGUUAAUGGACCCAGCUUCCACACCAUACUUAAUAAUACAGAACAAGCACUGAAGGUGGAGUUUUCCUCACUGGACUUCCUGCUGCACACUAAAGCUUUGCUGUCUACCAUCAACUACAUGAAUUCAGCAAUACCACAAGACCUCACAGCUUCAAAAGACAGAGAUACCAAGAGACGGGCUGAGAGAGCAGCAGCAGGGAAGACAGUGUCUAAGGGUUCGAAGGACUCUGGUGUUGUGAACUUUAAGCUGUCUGCCGUACUCGGCUCUUUCAGAGUGGCUGUUUGUGAUGACAGAAGCAACAUUGCUGACAUCCGGGUUCAAGGCAUUGACGCGUCUGUGGUGGUCCAGGCCAAAGAAACAGACGUUUUUGCCCGUCUGCGUGACAUUGUGGUUCUUGAUGUGGACCCUAAGACUAUCCAUAAGAAGGCGGUGUCAAUCGUUGGAGAAGAGGUGUUCAGCUUUAAGAUGACAUUGUAUCCUGGGGCCACUGAAGGUGAAGGAUACACUGACACCUCCAAAGUGGAUGGGAAAGUUAUCCUGAGACUUGGCUGUAUCCAGAUCGUCUACCUGCAUAAGUUCCUUACAUCUUUAUUGAUGUUUGUGGAUAACUUCCAGACAGCUAAAGAGGCUCUCAGUGCCGCCACGGCUCAGGCCGCAGAGAAAGCAGCUUCCAGUGUGAGGGAUUUCGCUCAGAAAAGCUUCAGACUUGCCAUGGACAUCAGACUGAAGGCCCCCCUUAUCAUAAUCCCUCAGUCCUCCACAUCCCAUAAUGCAUUUGUAGUUGACCUGGGUCUCAUUACUGUGGGAAACAGCUUCUCACUGCUGGCAGCUGAGGGCUUCCCAUUGCCUGCAGUUUUGGAGACCAUGGAUGUAAAACUCACACAACUCAAACUGUCUAGGACUGUUCUAAAGCGCGAUGCUGCUCAUUUAGAUGUUGAGAUUCUGGAGCCCAUAAAUCUAGAGCUUUUAGUCAAGCGUAAUUUGGCCACCACUUGGUACAACAAAAUUCCUGGAAUGGAGGUCAAUGGAGUACUUAUGUCAAUGAACAUGGCUCUUGGCCAGGAGGAUGUUGGGGUCCUCAUGAGAAUCUUAGCAGAGAACAUUGGCGAGGGAAGCAGGGCUGCUGCAGUGGAGGGAAUAAAAGCUUCCGCUAAAAAUGAAGCUGUAGAUGAAGGACUGAUCAAAACACUACCUGUGGGGACAGGGAGUCAACCUGCAUUGACCAGUGGUGCUUUCAGUGAAAAUGUUGUCAAUGUGCUGCUCAAUUUUGAAAUCAAGGAGGUUAUGCUAAGGUUGAAAAAGUCCAAAAAUGGGAAAGAGUAUCCUUUUUUGGUUCUCCAUGUAGCUCAGCUUGGAAUUGACACCAAAGUUCGAAAAUACGACAUGGAGGCCACAACAUACAUUAAAAACAUCUCCAUGAAGUGCCUAGAGUUCCUUGAUUCAAAUGGAGAACCGCUCUGUAUAAUCAGUUCCUCCGCAGAGUCAGGAGCAGAUCUUCUUGAAGUCAAGUAUUUUCAGGCUGAUCGAAAUGGGCCAAACUUUGCAAGCCUUUACCAGAAUACUGAGCAGAAGAUCAAUGUAGUGUUCUCCUCUCUAGACCUGAUGUUACACACUGAGGCUCUCCUCUCUACCAUGGACUUCCUGUCUGCUGCCCUGUCCAACAGCAGUCUGCCCUCACCUGAGAGAGAGAGCAAAAAGAGUGAAGAUAUGAGAACUACCUCAGCUAAAUCCACUGCACUGAGUUCUCCCUCUGAUGGUGACGUCAUUGACCUGAUGGUGAACAUGCAGCUUGGUGCAUUUAAUGUUUUGGUUUGUGACCAAAAAAGCAACAUGGCAGACAUCAAAAUUCAGGGUUUGGACGGUUCUCUAAAGAUGCAAGGAACUCAGACACACAUGUACACACGUUUGCGUGACUUCAUCAUCAUGAAUGUGGAUCCUAAAACAAUCCAUAAGAAGGCCAUCUCCAUUGUCGGCGAUGAGGUGUUCAGCUUCAGCAUGAGUCUGACACCCAAAGCCACUGAGGGGGCUGGGUAUACAGAUACUUCGAAGGUUGAUGGCAAAGUGAAACUCAACGUGGGCUGUAUUCAAGUGGUCUACCUUCACAAAUUUGUCAUGUCAUUACUGAAUUUCAGUAAUAACUUCCAGGCAGCUAAAGAGGCUCUCAGUGCCGCCACGGCUCAGGCAGCAGAGAAAGCAGCUUCCAGUGUGAGGGAUUUCGCUCAGAAGAGUUUCAGACUUGCCAUGAACAUCAGGCUGAAGGCCCCCCUUAUCAUAAUCCCUCAGUCCUCCACAUCCCAUAAUGCUGUGGAGGCGGACCUGGGUCUCAUUACUGUGGGAAACAGCUUCUCUCUGCUCCCAGUGGAAGGUCGUCCGCUGCCUGCUGUCAUAGAUAAUAUGGAUAUACAGCUCACACAGCUAAAACUGUCCAGAAUUUCCAUGGAGCAGGACUCAAAUCAGCCUAGUUCAAAACUGUUGGAGCCAGUCAACCUUGUUCUGUCUGUUAAACGUAACCUGGCGGCAUCAUGGUACCAGAAGAUGGCUGCCAUAGAGGUGGAUGGAGAUCUGAAGCCCAUGAAGGUGUCUCUGAGUCAAGAUGACCUGACUAUCUCUCCUAUCAUUCUUAACACUGUCAUUACCAUCACUGCGGCCAUGGCACCCAGACCUAAAGAAGAGCCGUCACAGCAGACGUCAGAUGACCUAAACAGCCUCUGGUCUUUGAUGAAUGUCGCUAAUGCAAGCUACUGGUUCCUUGGUGUGGAUACAGCCUCCGAGGUCACUGAGAGCUUCAAGGAUGUGGACAGCAGUAAGGAUGGAGAGAGUUUUGAGAUGAACGUGAAGGUGGUGCAGGUCACGCUGGAGUCAGGUUUGGGGCAUCGGACUGUUCCCCUGCUGCUUGCGGAGUCGUCAUUCACCGGUACUGCUCAGAACUGGUCGUCGUUGCUCAGUGUCUCUGCAGAUAUGACACUUGAGGUGAAUUACUUCAAUGAGACUCAUGCCAUUUGGGAGCCACUUCUUGAGAGAGUGGACAAUGGGAGACGAAGGUGGAACCUUAAAUUGGAUAUGAAGAAUAACCCUGUUCGGGAUAAAAGUCCAGUUCCUGGGGAUGAUUUCAUUAUGUUGCCAGACCCUCGCACAGCCAUCACCAUAUGCUCCAAAGACACCAUGAACAUCACAGUGUCCAAGUGCUGCCUCAGUGUCUUCAACAACCUGGCUAAGGGUGUUAAAUGUAAACUACUUGAGGGCAACAAGGUCAUCACAGUACGGUCCCCCCUACAGAUAAAGAACCAUUUCUAUGUGCCUUUUGCCAUUCUGAAGUAUUCUUCUGAACUUGGAGGGAUGGUGAAUGUAGGGGUUGCUGAGCCUGAGAAGGAGUGUCAUGUUCCCCUAGAAGCUUACAGGAGUCAGUUGUUCUUGCUGCCUGUCGGUCCUUUAGAAGAUUUGUAUCGUGCGUCCUCCACAUGUGUCACAUGGAAGGAGCAGGUUCACGUGAGCUCAGAGGUUCACGCAGUGCUGCAGUGCCCCGCCAUAGACAGCAGCUUCCUGCCACUGGUGGUGAAUACACUGGCCAUGCCUGAUGACCUCAGCCAUAUUGCCAGCCACGGGGAAGGGGACUGGGACCCUGCUUAUGUCAUCCACCUGCACCCAGCUGUCACUCUCAAAAACCUGCUGCCUUACUCAAUACGCUACUUGCUGGAGGGUUCUGCUGACUUCUGUGAGCUUCAGGAGGGCAGUGCGGCAGAUGUGCUGAACUCAAAUGUUGGCGGUGAAAUAAUUGAGCUUGUUUUGAUCAAGUACCAAGGUCGCAACUGGACUGGACGUAUGAGAAUUAGCAGAGAAAUGCCCGAGUUCUUGUCCAUCUGCUUCACCUGCGACACACCAGAAGGACUGACCGUGGACCUGUGUGUGCAUGUGUCUCGAGUGUGCGGCAAAAUGGUCCUCUCUGUUUACAGUCCAUACUGGAUCAUCAAUAAGACGUCCCGCGUGCUGCAGUAUCGUGCAGAGGAUACGUGUGUGAAACACCCAUCCAACUACAGGGAUGUCAUUCUGUUCUCCUUCAAAAAGAAGAAUUUCUUCAGCAAGAAUAAGUUGCAGCUCUGUGUGUCCACCAGCUCAUGGUCCGAUGGCUUCUCGCUGGACACCGUUGGCAGCUAUGGAUGUGUCCGUUGUCCAGACAAAAACGGGGACUACUUAGUUGGGGUCAGCAUCCAGAUGAGCAGCUUUAAUCUGACACGGAUUGUUACCAUGAGUCCUUUCUACACGCUAGUCAAUAAGUCCUUGUUUGAGCUGGAGGUUGGAGAGGUGCAAAACAACAAUGGUUUUGGAUGCAAGUGGCACUACAUCUCCUCCACUGAGUGCUUGCCUUUUUGGCCUGAGGCCAGCACAGGGAAGCUGUGUGUGCGAGUUGUGGGAUCUGAAUCGAGCUCCAAAUCAUUCUUCUUCAACAAGCAGGACAACGGAACUCUGCUGCGCAUGGAACAGUAUGGUGGCGUGAUAGUGGAUGUGAACAUCUCAGACCACUCCACUGUCAUCAGCUUCACCGAUUACUAUGAUGGAGCUGCACCUGCUUUGGUUGUCAAUCACACACCUGCAGCCACUGUCAACUUCAGACAGAGAGGCUGUGAGGAGUCUUGGGCACUGAGACCAGGUGAAGCUCAGCGUUUUGCAUGGGAUGAUCCAGCAGGGGUGCGGAAGCUUUGCUGGAGCUGUCAAGACCACAGCGGAGAACUGGACCUUGUAAAGGAUGAGAGUGGGCAGUUUGCUUACAGCAGCUUAGUUCAGAUACACUGGGUGUCUUUCCUGGACGGCCGACAGCGGGUGCUGAUCUUUACCGAGGAUGUUGGCAUAGUCACAAAAGCCCGGCAGGCAGAGGAGCUGGAGCAAUUCCAGCAAGAAGUCAACAUCUCAUUAAAGAACCUGGGCCUGUCACUCAUCAACAAUGACAUCAGGCAGGAGAUAGCAUAUGUUGGCAUCACCAGUUCUGGUGUGGUUUGGGAGAUGAGACCAAAGAACCGCUGGAAGUCCUUUAACCACAAAAACAUUGGACUGUUGGAGAAAGCCUACCAGGACUACAUCAACAGCAAGAGUGAAUCAGGCUGGACUAGACUAGAAACUGGCCUAGAGGUGAACUUUGGAAGAUUGCCCAUGUUGAUGAGACAGCCAUUUUCCUGCACUAUCAGGAGAAACUUCCUGCCUGGCAUUCGUAUUGAGUUGAAACAGUCGCCUCACCAGAGGAGUUUACGUGCACAGCUCUAUUGGCUACAGGUGGAUAAUCAGCUGCCGGGAGCUAUAUUUCCUACUGUGUUUCAUCCUGUUCCUCUUCCAAAAUCUAUUGUUCAAGACUCAGAGCCGAAGCCGUUUAUCGACGUUAGCAUCAUCACAAGGUUUAAUGAGCACAGCCAAGUCAUGCAGUUUAACAUCCAGAUGAGCAGCUUUAAUCUGACACGGAUUGUUACCAUGAGUCCUUUCUACACGCUAGUCAAUAAGUCCUUGUUUGAGCUGGAGGUUGGAGAGGUGCAAAACAACAAUGGUUUUGGAUGCAAGUGGCACUACAUCUCCUCCACUGAGUGCUUGCCUUUUUGGCCUGAGGCCAGCACAGGGAAGCUGUGUGUGCGAGUUGUGGGAUCUGAAUCGAGCUCCAAAUCAUUCUUCUUCAACAAGCAGGACAACGGAACUCUGCUGCGCAUGGAACAGUAUGGUGGCGUGAUAGUGGAUGUGAACAUCUCAGACCACUCCACUGUCAUCAGCUUCACCGAUUACUAUGAUGGAGCUGCACCUGCUUUGGUUGUCAAUCACACACCUGCAGCCACUGUCAACUUCAGACAGAGAGGCUGUGAGGAGUCUUGGGCACUGAGACCAGGUGAAGCUCAGCGUUUUGCAUGGGAUGAUCCAGCAGGGGUGCGGAAGCUUUGCUGGAGCUGUCAAGACCACAGCGGAGAACUGGACCUUGUAAAGGAUGAGAGUGGGCAGUUUGCUUACAGCAGCUUAGUUCAGAUACACUGGGUGUCUUUCCUGGACGGCCGACAGCGGGUGCUGAUCUUUACCGAGGAUGUUGGCAUAGUCACAAAAGCCCGGCAGGCAGAGGAGCUGGAGCAAUUCCAGCAAGAAGUCAACAUCUCAUUAAAGAACCUGGGCCUGUCACUCAUCAACAAUGACAUCAGGCAGGAGAUAGCAUAUGUUGGCAUCACCAGUUCUGGUGUGGUUUGGGAGAUGAGACCAAAGAACCGCUGGAAGUCCUUUAACCACAAAAACAUUGGACUGUUGGAGAAAGCCUACCAGGACUACAUCAACAGCAAGAGUGAAUCAGGCUGGACUAGACUAGAAACUGGCCUAGAGGUGAACUUUGGAAGAUUGCCCAUGUUGAUGAGACAGCCAUUUUCCUGCACUAUCAGGAGAAACUUCCUGCCUGGCAUUCGUAUUGAGUUGAAACAGUCGCCUCACCAGAGGAGUUUACGUGCACAGCUCUAUUGGCUACAGGUGGAUAAUCAGCUGCCGGGAGCUAUAUUUCCUACUGUGUUUCAUCCUGUUCCUCUUCCAAAAUCUAUUGUUCAAGACUCAGAACCGAAGCCGUUUUUCGACGUUAGCAUCAUCACAAGAUUUAAUGAGCACAGCCAAGUCAUGCAGUUUAAGUACUUUAUGGCAUUAGUGCAGGAGAUGGCAGUGAAGAUCGAUCAGGGCUUCUUGGGAGCAAUUCUCGCCCUGUUUAACCCAGCUACCGACUCCCAGGAUACUAAAGAGAAGAAUAAGCUGAUAGAGAGGGAUCUGGAGGCGCUGCAGGCUCAGCUGAUGGAGACCUCCAUGACAGAUGCCUCGGGCCUGAGCUUCUUUGAGCAUUUCCACAUCUCCCCUAUUAAACUGCACCUGAGUCUGUCUCUGGGCUCCAGUGGAGAUGAAUCUGAGCAGGGUGAUAUGGUCGCCAUCCAGUCCGUCAACCUCCUGCUCAAAAGCAUUGGUGCCACACUCACUGAUGUAGAUGAUCUGAUUUUCAAACUGGCUUACUUUGAGGUGAAAUAUCAGUUCUACCGGCGAGAAAAACUGAUGUGGGCAGUGAUCAGACACUACACUGAACAAUUCCUAACACAGAUGUACGUGCUGGUUUUGGGUCUGGAUGUUCUUGGAAAUCCAUUCGGGCUGAUCCGAGGCUUAUCAGAAGGAGUGGAGGCUUUCUUCUACGAGCCCAUCCAGGGGGCUGUUCAAGGACCUGAGGAAUUUGCAGAAGGUUUUGUUAUCGGUGUUCGAAGUUUACUGGGCCACACAGUGGGGGGCGCAGCUGGCAUGGUGUCUCGAAUAACAGGCACUGUAGGAAAAGGCUUGGCUGCCAUCACUAUGGACAAAGAUUAUCAGCAGAAACGGAGGGAGGAGAUGAACAGACCCACUAAAGACUUUGGAGAGAGUCUGGCUAAAGGAGGAAAGGGUUUCCUCAAGGGUGUGGUUGGUGGAGUAACAGGAAUUGUGACCAAACCGGUGGAAGGGGCGAAGAAAGAGGGGGCUGCAGGCUUCUUCAAGGGCAUUGGGAAAGGCCUGGUUGGAGUGGUGGCCAGACCAACAGGGGGCAUCGUAGACAUGGCAAGCAGUACUUUUCAGGGCAUUCAGAGAAGUAACCAAAGGGUGGCAGAAUCGACUGAAGAGGUGACUAAAUUAAGGCCAGUGCGUCUGAUACAAGAAGAUGGCAUCAUACAGCCCUACGACCACCAUGAGUCAGAGGGCUUUGACCUCUUUCAGAGGUCUGAGAUAAAACAGUUGGAUGGAGAGAUCUUCAGAGGACACUAUGAAUACCCAGGGCACAGGAAAACAAACAUCCUUAUCACCAACAGGAGAGUGAUGUGUGUGAAGGAGAUCGAUGUGAUUGGACAUUUCAACAAAGAAUGGGAAUGUCAAUUUGAGAAUUUUCAAAGGCCUCCAAGCACUGAAGGAGGAGAUUUGAAGAUAUAUUACCGGGAACAGAACAAAUUGAACCUCAUUAGGAAGGAUGGACAGAUGCUAGUGAAAGUGAUACACAUGAGAGAUGCUGGCACGGCGGAGAGACUGCGAGAAGGAAUCGAUAGUGCCCAGUCUGCACGCAAGCAAUAUCAGAUGGCACGGCAGAAAUCACAGCGCUUCAUCAAAACGGGCAACGUUUAAAUAAGUCAGUCAUGCCUACAUCUCCUUAGUUUAAUAUACUGCCUAGCAUUCAAAGAAUCAAUCAUGUGUAAAAAAAAUAUAUAUUUUGGCAAAUGUAUUCGUUAAACUCAGUGGAGUUUUGAAUGUAUCUCUGAACUUUGGGAGUUAGAACUAGAUUUUUUUAGAUGUUUAAGCAGUAAGCACUUUGCCUUUUGUUGUCAUGUUUGCUUGAGAUGGGUCUUGAUGAUGGGAGAAAACAAAAGAGACCUGUUUUGUUCAUUGUUAAUUAUUUUGUUAGAUUAUUUUGCACUUGCUAUAAAAAAAAAUACAUCACUUCAAUAUACAACUGUAAUGUGCAGUGUGAGGCUUGUCCAGUUUAGCUCACUUACCUUGAUUACAAAUCCUGUCAAAAAAGGUUUUGCUCAACAAUGACACGUAUAAUACACAAAAUAUCUCUUAGCUUAAAAAUGAUAAUAUUACAAUGUUUUGAUCUCUCUUGUAUUGUUUUACAGACACACAUAUGCAUCUCUUGUCCCUUGCACUUCACUCGAAGACAUAGUGUACUAUGACUAUGUAGUAAAAAAAGUGCUGUCUGUGUGCACUUUGUAAAAUGGCAGACCAAACUUGCUAUUCGAGGUGGAGACUAUGAUAUGAGCUUUGCUUUACCUCUCAUAGUUACUUUUUUGUUUUGGAAGUAACCAAGACGUGAUUAAACAGCGUAUGUCUGUAUGGCAAGGAAAGAUUGCACUGUAUUACACAGUUUUCCCACAAUGAUCUACAGUGAAUGUAAUGUCAAAGCACCUGGCAAUGGAUCCUCUCCAUGUUGCUAAGUAACUGGGCUUCCUGUAUGUGGGUGCAAGUGACCCCUAUUGGCCUGGUGUGGGCAGGAAAGGAGAGAUUGGCUAUCCCAUGCCCUUUUGCUGUGGGUCUUUCCAUGUCCUCUUAUUUCCUAUGCAUCAGUUGACCAGACAUACACCCACAGGUCAAUCCCACUGUGUGUAGACAGCUGUAACAGCUAAAGACACCAAAUGUCAUAAAUAAUGUCCACUAAUCCAAUGCAAACACUACGAAUGUCAUGUGUUAUAUAAAGAUUUCCUGAUCUCAUCUGCCUCUCUAGAUAAAAGCUGUUUUCAGAAACAUUCAGUGUGCCGUAACUGUGAUCACAACCUCAUACGUCAAUGCAGAGCAGUAAAACUGCAGUAUCUAAUCUAAGAUCAGUCUCAUGACUGAACUCUGUUGUGAAAACUAUCUUAAGUUCAUGCCACUGUAAUUAAAACUAUAGUAUUGCACUUUGAUUAAACUUUAGAAAAUCAAAUUGUAUAAAAAA